AUGAUAAAGCUGUUAAAUCCAAAUGCAACUAUUCCUGUAGAGGAUACAAUUAGAAAUAAUAUUAUAAAAAGUUUCAAAGAUAAAAGCAUAAAAAUAAAAUACUUACUUCAAAGUGUUCCAGGAAAACUUUCAUUUGCUAUUGAUGUUAUUUUAUUGGAUUUUAUUAAUCUUCAUGGUCCCUAUUCAGGAGAGAACUUGUGUGAUGCAUUUGUUAGUAGCUGUUGUGAAUUUAAAAUUAUACUAAAAAUUUUUACAAUUACAAGUAAUAAUGCUACAAACAAUGAUACUUUUAUGCAACAUCUGAAAAAUAUAUAUUAUAAUGAGAAUAUCACUUUUAAUGCUGUUGAAUCUCAUUGUAGAUACAUUGCUCAUAUUAUAAACCUGGCCAUGCAAGAUAUUCUUAAACAAUUCAAGGCUGGCAAAGCACAAACUGAAAAUGCUAUCUUUAAUGAUAUGAACACACCUAUAAUGGCUAAAAAUAUAAUUCUGAAACUUUGA